ACCAUCAACCAUUUGCUCUUCAUCUUCUUCACCUUCUCAGCCAUGGCUACCUUAAACAUCUCAUUUCUAGCAAAACCCAAUUCUACCCUUCCCAUUAUCUCCAACUUCUCUUCCCAAAAUACCCCUUAUUUUCCCUCAUAUUCACUCCCCAAAACCUCCCUUUUCCCCCCUUCCAUUAUUACCCUCCGACCCAAAACCCGACCCAACAACACUCGCCACGUCAGUACAGUUAUUUCUGCAGCUUUCAAAAAGCUAUCUGAAACAGACCCUUUAGAAACUGAUGAAAUAUCUGGAACCUUCCCGCAGGAAUCAGGUGUGUAUGCGGUGUAUGAUAGUAAUGGUGAUCUCCAAUUUAUUGGUAUAUCAAGGAACAUAGCUGCUAGUGUUGUUUCACAUAAAAAUUCUGUACCCCAACUCUGCUCUUCUGUAAAGGUUGGUGUGGUUGAUGAGCCAGAUAGAACAGCUUUAACUGAAUCUUGGAAAUCAUGGAUGGAAGAACAUAUUGCGACCAAUGGAAAGGUACCACCGGGUAAUGAACCAGGAAAUUCGACAUGGGUACGUCAGCCUCCAAAGAAGAAGUCUGAUCUAAGGUUAACACCAGGCCGUCAUGUGCAGUUGACAGUGCCCUUGGAGGACCUCAUUGACCGGCUAGUGAAGGAGAACAAGGUGGUUGCUUUCAUUAAAGGGUCUAGAAGUGCACCACAAUGUGGUUUUUCACAGAGGGUAGUAGCCAUUCUUGAAAGUGAAGGUGUCGAUUAUGAAAGUAUCGAUGUCCUUGAUGAAGAGUACAACUCCGGGUUGAGGGAAACAUUGAAGAACUAUAGUAACUGGCCUACGUUUCCACAAAUUUUUGUGAAGGGUGAGUUGGUUGGUGGGUGUGAUAUCUUGACCUCCAUGUAUGAGAAGGGAGACCUUGCCAGCUUGUUCAAAAGCUAAAUGUUAAAAUUAGUAGUAAAGAGUGUGACUUUGUUGUAAGAAUUACACAUCUUUUGAACUAUUUCACUCAUCAGGAUAUCUGGUGUUGUGGAAAUAGUGGAAUAGUUGGAAGACGAAAUUCAUUUUCCCGUGUACAAGAGAAAUUUGUUAUAAGUAACAACGGAGGCAUAUUGUUUUA